AAAAGUGUCAGAGUGAUGUAUGCACAGGGGAUAGUAGCUUUGUUUCCCUAUCUAGAAGACCCAUACUCACAACAUGGAUAUGAUCAUUACUACGAUCCGGAGAGUGGUUCCGGAUACCUUGCAUGGCGAUUGAAGACCAUACAAAGAAAAACAGCAGAGGAAAGAGGUGCCUCAGUCAGCAAAUCUCCUAAAGUUGGUGGGCCAGGCCGUGAUCGUCAGCCCUUCACCUAUGACAGAGAGCCAUCUGAUGAGGAUGUGGAAGCAGCUAUUGCUGUUUUGAGACACUCUGCUGAUGAAAACACUGUCCGUGAGAAGAUGAAAAUGACCUUCAUAUAUCGGCAAGCAAUGGUCAACGAUGAAGCCAAAUCAUCAGAUGUCUUCUCGGUCUUCCCAAGAUUUCUGGACACACCAGGACUGAUAGAACAAGAUUUCAGACUUCUGUUUGGUGAGGCCACAGCCAACAAAUUCUUGGAGAAGUGGCCAACCACUUUCAAAGCAAAAGUAAUAAAGGAAAGCCAUGGACUUGUAUCCACCACAGAACUCUUGGAUUUGAUGCGCAAUGCUGAGUCAGCUGCUGAAGUUGAGAAUGGCUGGGACAGUGACAUGUCUGCCAUCUUGCUGCUGCUACAUUUGCUACCACCAUCUGCACAAGGUAGAAAGAGGCCGGGAAAGAUGUCUGCAUAUCAAGCUGUAGAUCAGCUCAUCAGAUUUCAAAAGGUUGGAACCAGUGUGCAGCAGCAUCUUGACAACAUCACCCAAAGCAGUCAGCCCUACCUUCUCGCCCAGGGAUCCACACAGAGCAGCAUUCACUCCUACUUCAUUGUGGUUGACAAGCAUGCUCUUCCAUGCAAGGCAACAGGUUCAGUAGGAGCUUUUGACGAAGUCUUUAAAGCCCAUUACGUAUUUGGUACGUCAUACAGUUCUUCCUUGAGCAGCUUUUUCACUUUUGUGCAAACAACCAUCUAUAACAUCGACAUGGGGGAAACAAAGGAGACUCCUAGAGUUGCUGAGUUGCGAGCAAGAAUGGUGCGUUAGUUGAGAUAAAACUAUGAAGUGUUUUCUUUGCAAAAGUGACCAUGGAAGUCCAAACAACCUUGUUAAGCACCUUAAGAUAAUUCAUGGGCUAUGUACAGGCAGGACUCUUUUUCUGAAAUGUGGUCAAGAAGGAUGCUCACGUUCUUUUGGUAGCUUUUCUGGUUUUAGAAAACAUCUUAACAAGUGCCACGGAGAAAGUUUAGUAGAUUCUAUAGAAGAUGAUCUUUCAGACCCUCAAAGUACCGUCAACACCAGUAAUAUUUCUCAUGUUGAAGUGUCGACUGAAUGUUUAGAGGCUGAGUCAGAGUUAUCUUCGCCAUACAUUGUAAAUAGUUGUGCAGCUGUUAUUUCUGAUCUAAAGGCAGCAGGUGUUGGUCAAAGUACAGUAAAUACUGUAGUGAUUUCCAUGGAAGAGAUUGUUCAAGAUAUUCAUCAGCAUGCUAAAGAAACAGUGAUAAAGCAUGUAUUUAGUAAUGAAAGAGAAACAGAAAUGUGCAAGAAAGUUGAGGCGUGUUUUGAGGGGUUAGAGAAUCCUUUCACAGUUCUAAAUUCGGAAUACAAGCGAUCAAAAUUUAUGACUGCCAAGUGGGAAAUAGUAGAACCAGUUGAAUGUGUGAUUGGUUCAAGAUUUGACACAAGACGAAAUAAAAAGACUGGAACAUAUGAUCAGGUAGUAGUUCAAGAUAAAUUCAUGUAUAUUCCAAUUUUAUCUACACUGCAGUCAAUAUUUAAAAGUCAGUAUUUUGCAGAAAUGUUGCAAAGCUCAGCUACCAGCAACUCUAGACUGAGAGAUAUUUGUGAUGGAUCUUUUUUUAAAAGU